AUGCGUGCAGGAGCGCCCCUCUCCAUCCAUCGACAUUACUUGCCAGUGCAAGUACAUCCUGUCUCGGCUCAAGCAAAAGAACAGAAACAGCCAAACGCAUGCACCAAGUCCUUGAAGCAGGCCUUGCUCAAGAACCUCCUCCUUGGCCUCCAGCUCCAAGCACACACCAGCACAACCUUCGGUGGAGCCACGAGCCUCCGCGAGAGGAAGCGCGCCAUCAAGUCCUCCGUGGACGUCGCCAUGGCAGCUGCGCACGGCGGCGUUGCGAGGUGGCCCAUCUUGGCUCCGACAUCCAGUUCGUGCAAGGUGCAGAGGUGUAGGAGGAUCAUGAGGAGGAGCUACCACCGGAAGAGGAGCUGGGGGAGAUCAGGCCGCGCCGGUGGUGACGACGCUGCAGGGAGGCUGGCGAGGAGCAGGACCAUGGCGCUGAGGGAGAUGAUACCGGGAGGCCAGGACUCCACCGUCGACGAGGCCACUCUGUUACGCGAGGCCAUGGAUUACGCCGUACACCUGCGUGCUCAGGUCAACGUGCUUCGCCGGCUCUCGGAAGCCGUGCAAAUAUGUAGCUCCAGUGAUUGACCAUGCACUUCCAAAGGAGGCAUGAUUAAAGUACCAGGUGGUGGCUUGCCAGU